AUGUUUUGUUUUUGUUGGUCUGGGCCGGUCAGCGGGGUUUUUGAAGCCCGAACAGGCCUCUGCAUCCAUGGGGCCGGAGCAGGUGCGCGUCGGAAGUCCAGGGUUUGCUCUAUCCGAUUGACUUUCCAUGUUCCGGUGGUUUGGGUUUGCGUUGUGUUGGGGCUUUGGGAUGAUAGUGGCUGUCUAGCGUUGAAUGAUCACACCUCAGAGCCGCCAUGCCCGCGUCGUGUUCGGUUCAGACCGUUUGUAGGUAGCUACCUAAGUUCAGUCAAGCAGAGAAUGCUUCGCACCGUUUGCAUCCUCCUCGCCCUCCACAGCGGCACGGCCGAGCCCAGCAGCGAUGCGGUGCCGACCUGUGCCAAGAAGGGUGUAACUUAUGUGAGCGAUGAAGAUGCCAAGGGCACGCCCAAUGCGGCAUGGCUCUACACUCCAAAGAUGUGUCAGAUGGCCUGUUACAUGAACCCAACCUGCAAGCAUUUCUCGUGGAAGGAGGACUCUUUCCCCGGCGGUGCCUGCCAAAUCUUCAUGGGAGAGGAUGUGCAGGAGAAGACCGAUGAGAAGUCGUACAGCGGUCCAAGGGCCUGUGCGGGUGAGGCCCCAGUGAGUGGAGCGUCGAUGGCCAGUGCUGGCAAUGUCGACAACUCGUUGAAACAAUUCGAGAAGGAUGUUUUCGACUUCCAGAAGUCAAACGAGGUCGGCAGCCAGGUCACCAGCAUAACCCACCAGCUGAAUCAGGCCGCACAGGAUCUGGACCAGUUUGGAAAGGAUUUGGCCCCGAAAAUCAAUCAAGCAAGCAGUGAUCUGAGCCAGAAGGCUAGCGAGUUCCACAGCCAGGUCAACCGAGUCGGACAGGAUCUCACCAAGAAGGUAAAUCAGGCCGUGGACGAUAUGACCAAGGAGGCCAAUCAGGCCAACAGCGACCUGACGCAGCGGACCCAGGAGUUCAACAACCAGGCUGCCAAUUUGGAACAGCAGCUCUCCCAGUUUGGAAAGGAUUUGAGCCAGAAGGCCAAUCAAGCCAGCACCGGACUGAGCAGUGACCUGAGCCAGAAGGCAAAGGAGUUCCGCAGCCAGAUCAACCAGUUGCGGCAGGAUGUGACCCAGCAGACAAAUCGGGUUGCGCACGAUCUGACCCAGAAGGCCAAUCAGGCCAGUAGCGACCUGAGCCAGAAGGCAAAGGAGUUCAACAGCCAUGCCAACCAGCUCGGGCAGGAUCUGACCGAGCAGGCCAAUCAGGUGGGGGACGUGAUGCAGUCCGCAGGGUUGAAGGCCAAGGAGGCCACCCAGGAGGCCACCCAGGAGGCCACCCAGGAGGCCCAGAUGGCCCCGAGCGCCGACGAGGUCCUCGGCUCUGCGCCAGGCAGCUCGGGCAGCUCGGGCAGCUCGGGCGGUGGCGACAACACCAUGACCUUCGGCGUAAUCGGGGGGAUCGCUGGUGCCCUUGCUUUGAUGGGCGGCGCGUACUACUUCAUGUCCGAAGAUGGGAAGAAGAAGAAGAAGAAGUCCAAUCGCUCAAUGAAGCGUGGCGUCCAGGUGGAUGGAGCGCCCAUGAUCGAGGUGGCGCCGGAAGUCCGACAGGUCACCCCGCCGCAGGCCUUCCCGCAGCAGCUCCACAACCAGGUCCGGAAUGUGAUGACCUACAACAGCCAGCAGUCGCCGCGGGCUGUGCCACAGUAUUUUCAGGUGCCGCAACAAACCUAUGCACCCCAGGCCUACCAACCUGCUGCCGCCUACCAGGCUACACCCCCGGCGACCUACCGGGGCGUCAAUGUUUAUUAG